GUUUCCCUUAUGUCCUUGUCCCUGCCUCCAGCCUGGGAAGAGCCACCCAGUACCCUCUCUGAUUGGACUGGGUAGUUUGUCUUGAUGCACCACUGUGCUGAGUGCUGGAGGACGUGUUUCAACAGAUGGUUGGGGUUAGUGUGUGUCAUCACAUUGGAGAACGGAUUAGAGGAGGAAGGUUGUCUUCCAGGAGCAGUGUGGUCCCCACAAACACUCUGAGGAGCUCAAGAGCAAACAACCCACAGCGAGAAACAGAGAGAGAUCAGCUUCAUGAACAAGACUGACAUCCAGAUUACCUUGUGAGGAUUCCAACCUUCUGAUUCGCGUUCGCAGUCCCAUGAUGCAGCUGGUGAGCCUGGCUUGGAUGAUGGUCCUGGCCGCCCCACUGGUCUGCUUUGGUUUCACCACCCGCGGUCAGGGCCUGCGUGGGCGAGUUCAAGGUGACCGGAGGAACAUCAGACCCAACAUCAUACUCAUCAUGACAGAUGACCAGGAUGUGGAGUUGGGAUCUUUGCAGGUGAUGAACAAAACCCGCAAGAUCAUGGAGGAUGGUGGCACAUCAUUCACGAAUGCAUUUGUUACUACACCCAUGUGCUGUCCUUCACGAUCCUCUAUGCUGACGGGGAAGUACGUCCACAAUCACAACACCUACACCAACAAUGAGAACUGCUCGUCACCUUCAUGGCAAGCUCAGCAUGAGCCACGAUCUUUUGCAGUUUAUCUUAACAACACUGGAUAUCGAACAGCUUUCUUUGGGAAGUACCUGAAUGAGUACAACGGCAGCUACAUCCCACCUGGGUGGCGUGAAUGGGUUGGGCUGAUCAAAAAUUCCCGGUUCUAUAAUUACACCGUCUGUCGGAACGGGAAUAAGGAGAAGCACGGCGCAGAUUAUGCCAAGGACUACUUUACUGAUCUGAUCACCAAUGACAGCAUCAACUAUUUCCGGACGUCCAAGCGCAUGUUCCCGCACCGACCGGUGAUGAUGGUGAUCAGUCACGCGGCUCCUCAUGGCCCAGAGGACUCAGCACCGCAAUACUCUGAACUCUUCCCGAAUGCCUCCCAGCACAUAACUCCCAGUUAUAACUAUGCUCCAAACAUGGAUAAGCAUUGGAUUAUGCAGUACACAGGCCCGAUGAAGCCGAUCCACAUGGAGUUCACCAACUACCUGCACAGGAAGAGGCUCCAGACGCUCAUGUCUGUGGACGACUCUGUAGAGAAGGUAUAUAAUGCUCUGGUAGAUACUGGAGAGCUGGAUAACACCUAUAUCAUUUACACAGCUGAUCACGGUUACCACAUUGGCCAGUUUGGUCUGGUCAAAGGGAAGUCAAUGCCGUAUGAUUUUGACAUCAGAGUGCCGUUUUUUGUCAGAGGUCCUAACGUGGAACCAGGGGCAAGGAACAACCAUGUUGUGCUAAACAUUGAUCUAGCACCCACAAUCCUGGACAUAGCUGGCCUGGACACUCCACCUGAUAUGGAUGGAAAAUCCAUCCUGAAGCUUUUGGAGCAGGAAAAGACUGGCAACAGAUUCAAACCCAACCGGAAACCUAAAGUCUGGAGGGACACAUUCCUGGUGGAGCGGGGCAAAAUCCUGCGCAAGAAAGAAGACUCGGCAAGCAGCUUGAACACACAACACUCCAACAGCUUGCCAAAGUACAAGAAGGUGAAGGAGGUGUGUCAACAGGCCGAGUUCCAGACGCCCUGCGAACAACCAGGACAGAAAUGGCACUGUGUAGAGGAGGUCAGCGGGAAGUGGCGUUUGCAGAAGUGUAAGGGUUCUCUGAAGGAGGGAUCUAAAAAGAGGACGAGGAGUUUGCGAUCACGAAGCUACGACAACCGUGAGAAAGACUGCCAUUGUGGUGAACGGCCUUACAAAGCAGCCAAAGCAGCACGACGGGCACACAGACAAUUCGGACAGAGCAGUAACCCACGAUACAGACCUCGUUUUGUGCACACACGGCCAGCCAGAUCCCUGUCAGUCGAGUUUGAGGGGGAAAUCUAUGACGUUGAUCUGCAGGCUGAUGAUAAAACGCCACUCGAGCCUCGACCAAUCAGCAAGCGCCACUAUGAGCCAGAGCCAGGUUUUGAUUCGGACUUUGGGUUGGAGUCUGAUGACGGAUCCGAGGAGAUGCAGUCAGAUGACACAAAUGCUGUGGGGUACCCGAAUUCUCUCAAAGUCACCCACAAGUGUUUCAUUUUAAUAAACGACACUGUGCGCUGUGAAAGAGAGAUUUACCAGUCUUCCAGAGCAUGGAAAGACCACAAGAACUUUGUGGAUCAUGAGAUCGAACAACUUCAAGAUAAAAUGAAGAAACUGCGAGAGGUUAGAGGUCAUUUAAAGAGGAGGAGACCAGAUGAGUGUGACUGCUCAAAGAAAAGCUAUUUUAGCAAAGAAAGAGAGCAGAAAAACAAACCCGAGAGAUUGAAGAAUAGGAAUGACCACCUCCAUCCCUUUAAAGAGGCCAUGCAGGAAGUGGACAGCAAAGCUCAACUAUACAAUGAGAUUCGUCGCAGGAAGAAAGAGAGGAAAGUGAGGAAGAGGCAGAAGAAAGGCGACGACUGCAGUCUUCCUGGCCUCACCUGCUUCACACAUAAUAAUGACCACUGGCAGACAGCCCCCUUCUGGAAUUUAGGUGGAUUCUGUGCCUGUACAAGCUCUAAUAACAAUACAUACUGGUGUCUGAGGACGGUUAAUGAAACUCACAACACACUCUUCUGUGAAUUUGCAACUGGCUUCCUGGAGUACUUUGACCUAAACAGUGACCCGUACCAGCUAACCAAUGCAGUUUAUACAGUGGAGAAGGAUAUUCUCAGUCAGCUACAUUCACAGCUAAUGGAAAUGAGGAGCUGUCAGGGCCACAAGCAGUGCAACCCCAGACCCAGAAGCUCAGAUGCAGAACACAGCCAACCUGGGACGUCCACAAAGGUUAAGCUGCCCAAUUUCACAGAGGACGUCGACUGGCAAGGACUGGCAGAUUUGUACAGCAUGAACGAGAGUCUGUACGAACACAGACACAACUACAGUCCCGUUCUGGAUGACUGGAUGAACUUUUGGAAGGAUGUAGAUAGUAUGUUUGCACUGCUGAGAAAUUUAAAGACACUCAACCAAACCGAUAAGCUUGAUCCCCUGGUAGAGCUGGGUUCCGGGGUCCUGGAGGAAGCCAGUGGAGCUGGAUCCCUCAUCCUAGAGAACCUCGCAACCGCAGGUCCCUCAGUAGACCUGACCCCAAGAACAUUUCAAGAAAGUCACCUCAAGUCUCUUAAUGAACUCCCGGAAGGCCGCCCGACAAAAGUGAGCCCCCUUCCACGCGGAGACACCUGGGUUCAUCAGCUGGAAAAUGAGUUGGGCGAUGAUGGAUUGACGUUUAGUGGCAAUGGCGUCACUGAACUAGAGACCCGCCAUGACUUUGUGUUGCGCAGCUCUAAAAUGCUGGAUCUCCACCAGCAGGAAGAAGAGGAGGACAUUUUUCAGGCCCAGGGUUACCUUCCCGUAUCGCCCCAACCAGAGCCUGCUGAGGAAACUCCUCCAGCCCAGAGCGACCGACCACAGGAGAGGUGGAACUUUAGCAUCAAAUCCUUUACCCAUAAGCCCAGGGACAUUCAAGACUCAGAGGGUAGUGCCUCAGGCCUGUCCCAUUGAGAAAGGACUGCUGCCAUGCACUGUGAAGCCAGCCAACUCAGAGACACUAACCCCACAGAGCAUGGACUGCUCUCCUGUAUAAUCCGAUGAAUUAUUUUAUUUUUUACAGGUGCUUCCAUUUAUUAGAAAUCAGUGUUAUGUAUUUUGUAAAAAAAAAAAGAAAAUCUAUAUAUAAAUAUAAAAAUGUAGAGGUAAAGUAUCGGAUGCAUCUUAAAUGUUGGGUUUGGUUUUAAAUCUCAAGUGGGACAACGCCGUCAAAGUAAGGUUUUAAUAUAUUUUUUAAUAAUAAAAAAAAAUGUUCAAAUGGUGAAACCAUAAUGUUUAGUUUCAGAAUUGUUUCCCAAGUUAUUGAUGCACUUUCCCUCCAUGUUUCUUAACACAUUCUGCAGUUUACACACACACACAAAAGAAAAAAUUCAUGUUGACACCAGCACAAGUUUCAUAUCCUUUUGUUACCGAGCAUUGUUGGUGAUCUCCUCUGUUUACUUCAGCUUCUUACGUUCAGUUCACUGUUUACACUAUAAACACUUCUUGAACAUGUUUUAUUCACUUGCAUUGUGGUUUGCGGGCUUGAUGGUGAAAUGUUUUCUCACAAAUGUUGUAUAGUUCAAUGACAUUCAGUCUGCAUAAUGUCAGAAGGGCAUUCACCAUAAGUGCUUUUGUCAUGACUGACUCUUAACAUUUUCAUUAACCCACAAAAUUAAAACUGUAAAUUAGCCUGUUUCAUUCAUGAAGAAUGUGAGAUGGAUUUUAUUUGACUUUCUGAACAUUUGUGUCCUGUCUUUUAGAAUUACAUGAUUUGAAUUCAUUUUUAAAGUUUUGAACAUGAGGUUACCUGCCAAAUUUGCAUAAAUUGAUAUGUUUUAACUAGUGGUGUUGGAACAAUUUUGGCUUCUGGAAAGCCAAGAAGCUGUUUUGAAAUAAAAAUCUGCCAAACAUUU